GGCUCCCUUAUCGCCCACCCCGUGUGCGGAGAUCAGUGAUGACGAGCUGGUCUCCAUCUCAGUGCGUGAUCUUAACCGACAGCUCAAAAUGAGAGGUCUCACUCGAGAUCAGAUUGUCAGAAUGAAGCAACGCCGCCGUACACUCAAGAACAGAGGUUAUGCGGCCUCGUGUCGCAUCAAGCGAAUAGAACAGAAAGAUGAAUUGGAGACUGAAAAGAGUCAGGAAUGGCACGACAUGGAACAAAUGCAAGAAGAAAACGGACGCAUUCGCGACGAAAUUGAAGCACUGCGAAGCAAAUACGACGCAUUGAAACGAUUCGCUGUUAUUAAGAACAUUCCUUUACCUCCUGAGUUGGAGUUGCUGCCUUAAACUAUUAUAGACUCACCAAUCAGCUUCCAUUGGUUGGCGGGGUAUGCGGGAGGAGAAUCUUUUUGACCAAUCACAGACGCUUAACUUUAGGUUAAGUGCGUUUAUGAUUGGUCAGAAUAUGAAGAGAAUUAUGAUUGGUCGUGACGCGACCAUUUCCAUUAUCCACGAACUGAGGUGUUAAAAAAUUUACUAAAUAGAUCUGGCUGGUCUUCAAAGAAUUUUGUGAAAUAUCUGCAGGGAAACAAUCAUAAUGAUUCAAUAAAACACCAGUGCAAGUGUCCAGUUGGGUAUCGAACUUGCGCCUUCUGCUACAUGUCUCUCUAUAAUAAAGUGAUUUAAUGCAAAAAGUCAUUUUAGGAAAACUUCAAAUAGAUGAAAAAAAACUUUAAUUCGCAAACAAGAUCUUUGAGAACAUAAGUUAUCCAGUUCCCUUAAAAGCUGGAACGCAGUUAUAGACCUAUGUUUUAUUUGUAACGUUACUUUUUUAUUUUAAUUUGCCAGUUUCCCAAGAAUGUCACUUUUCGCUUUAGGUUACUUUAUUGUUGAUGGUGCGGAAUGACUACUACAUUGUUUAUCACAGCCCCACACAUUUGGGGUUGGACUCCAUAUAAAACAAAUGUUUGGUAUGGCCAUAAAUUGGGGUCCAACCCUUAGCUUUAGUUUUAAGUGUACAAAUAGUACGUAAGGAUAAAUGAUUUAUUGUAUUUUAUUUAUUAGUAACAAAAAUGUACCUUUUAUAAUUUAAAUAAAAUAGUAUUAUAGU